CACGAGCAGCGCGCAGUCGGUGAGCAGCGUGGAUCAGAGUCGCUCUGCGGGAGCUUCUGGAGCAGCGUGUCCAGAGGAGAGAGCCGCGCAGCAUCACAAGGUGUGCCGUCCCCCGCCCUCCCGUCUGCUUGCAGGAUGCGGUCCUCGGUGGGACUGUCCCUCGGCCUGCUGGGCCUCUUUGUCGUCUCCCUGUUCCCUCCGCCAGUGGGGGGCCAAGUUCAAUCGCCGCGGCGAUUUCGUGCCAGAAUCCUGAGCCCCACCCAGCUGCAUGUGUCCUGGAAGGAGCCCAAAGGACAGUUUGACAGCUACAAGGUGGUUUACUCCACGCGACCAGGUGGGGAGCAAAAGGAGGUCGAGGUGUCGAAGCAGGAAGCCGAGCUGCUCAUCGACGACUUUGACCCCUCUCAAGAAUACGACUUUAAGGUAGUUGCCCUCAGCGGAGCACAGCAGAGCAAACCCCUGCAGGCCAAACAUGAAGCCCAGCAGUCCGGCGUCGAGAUGGUUCGGUCUCAGAGACAGGACGGCAGGGACAACAACGACAUCUCAGAAGGGGAGGACGAGUUCAUGUGCAAGACUGUGGCCAUAUCGGAUAUCGUCAUCCUGGUGGACGGCUCCUGGAGCAUCGGGCGCAUCAACUUCCGGCUCGUCAGGACCUUCCUGGAGAACCUGGUCAGGGCCUUCUCGGUGGAGUUCGACAAGACCAGGAUAGGCCUGGCUCAGUACAGCGGAGACCCGCGGAUCGAGUGGCACCUCAACACUCACACCACCAAAGAGGCUGUGAUCGAUGCGGUGAAGAACCUGCCGUACAAAGGAGGGAACACGCUGACAGGUCUGGCUCUCACCUUCAUCCUGGAGACCAGCUUUAAACCCGAGUCCGGGUCCAGGCCCGGCGUUCCCAAGAUCGGGAUUCUCAUCACGGACGGGAAGUCCCAGGAUGACGUCAUCCCUCCGGCACGCAGCCUCAGGGAGGCCGGCAUCGAACUGUUCGCCAUCGGUGUGAAAAACGCAGAUGAAAACGAGCUGAAGGCCAUCGCGUCCCCCCCCGAGGAAACCCACGUGUACAACGUGGCCGACUUCAGCGUGAUGAGCGACAUCGUGGAGAGUCUCACCAAGACGGUGUGUGAGCGGGUGGAGCAGCUGGACGAGCAGAUCAAAGUGGGGGGGAACCCGGCCCCCCCGCCCGUUGCCAUGGCUCCGCCCCGCGACCUGGUAACCUCUGACAUCACGGCUCGCAGCUUCCGGGUGACGUGGACGCACGCACCGGGCCGGGUGGAGAAGUACCGGGUGGUGUACUACCCGGCCAGCGGGGGGCGGCCGGAAGAAAAGGUGGUGCAGGGGGCGGAGAACGCCGUGGAGCUCAGCUACCUCAACUCACUGACGGAGUACCAGUUGGCCGUCUUCGCCGUGUACCGGAGCUCGGCCAGCGAGGCGCUGAGAGGGAGCGCCACCACCCUGGCGCUGCCGAUGGUCAACGACCUGCAGUUGUUCGAUAUCUCUCACAGCACCAUGACGGUCCGCUGGAAGGCCGCCGCCGGGGCUUCUGGGUACAUGAUCCUCUACGCCCCCCUGUCGGGGGGGGAACCCGCAGACGAGAAGGAGGUGAAGGUGGAGGACACGGUGAACGAGGUGGAGCUAGAAGGGCUGACGCCGGCCACGGAGUACACGGUGACGGUGUACGCUUUGUACGGAGAGGAGGCCAGCGACCCCAUGACCAGCCAGCAGACCACGUUGCCGCUGACCCCGGCGACCAACCUGCGUUUCUCAGACGUGGACCACAGCUCCAGCCGGGUGACGUGGGCCUCGGCCUCCGGGAAGGCCAACGGCUACCGCGUCAUGUACGUCAAGACCAGCGGAGUCCAGACCAACGAGGUGGAUGUUGGCCGUGUGACCACCUGGUUGCUAAGAAACCUGACCUCCCUGACGGAGUACACAGUCGGGGUCUUCGCCGUCUAUGACGAGGGACAAGCUGAGGCCGCCACCGACAGCUUCACUACGAAGACCGUCCCCGACCCGCAGGACCUGAGGAGCAGUGACGUCUCCACCGACAGCUUCAGGGUGUCAUGGCAACACCCGGCCUCCGACGUGGUGAUGUACCGACUCUCGUGGACGGCCUCGGAGGGAGGAGAGAGCCAAGAGGUUCUGGUGAACGGAAACAUCAACAGCUACCUGAUCAGAGGGCUCCGCCCCCUCACCCAGUACGAAGUCGUGCUCGGCGCCGUCUACGCCAACGAGGCGGAGAGCGAGGAGGUGGUCCUGGUCGAGUCCACCGUCGAGAGAACAACCACCGUCGCCACGACGACCACCACCACAGCAACUCCUCGGUACGGGGUCCGGAGCAUGAGGGUCGACGAGGAGACCACCUUCAGCCUGCGGGUGUCCUGGCAGCCCAUGGACCCCAGGAACCUCCGCCACUACCGGCUGAACUACGUCAGCGCCAGGGGAGACCGGGCGGAGGAGCAGAGGAUGGCCUCCGCGGGUCAGAACAGCCUGGUUCUGCAGCCCCUGCUGUCGGAUACCGAGUACCAGAUCUCCGUCACGCCCGUUUACCCAGACGGAGACGGACCGCCGGCGGUGCGCACGGGACGAACACUUCCUCUCUCGGCUCCUAAGAACCUGCGCGUAUCAGAGGAAUGGUACAACCGCUUCAGGAUCAGCUGGGACGUCCCGCCGUCCCCCACCAUGGGCUACAGGGUGGUCUACCAGCCCCAGUCUGCUCCGGGACCAGCUCUGGAGACCUUCGUGGGGGAGGACGUGAACACCAUGCUGAUCGUGAACCUGCUGAGCGGGACAGAGUACAGUGUGAAGGUCAUCGCCUCCUACACCACCGGAUCCAGUGAGGCCCUCUCAGGGGGGGCCAAGACCCUGUACCUGGGGGUCAGCGGCCUCGAUGCCUACCAGGUGACGGUGAGCAGCUUCUGCGCCCAGUGGCAGCCGCACCGCCACGCCAGCAGCUACCGCCUGCUGAUGGAGUCCCUGCCCAGUGGUCACAAGCAGGAGACCAAGCUGAGUGGGGGGGCCAACCGGCACUGCUUCAGCAGCCUGAAGGCCGACACGCAGUACAGGCUGAGCGUGAGGGCCCAGCUGCAGGACGGCACCGAGGGGCCCGAGGUCAGCGUCACGCAGAGAACACUCCCCGUCCCCACCCCGAAGCCCACCACCCCCCCCACCACCACGCCGUUACCCACAAUCCCCCCUGCUAAGGAAGUCUGCAAGGCGGCCAGAGCCGACCUGGUCUUCCUGGUGGACGGCUCCUGGAGCAUCGGAGACGACAACUUCCUGAAGAUCAUCCGCUUCCUGUACAGCACCGCGGGGGCUCUGGACCGGAUCGGCCCGGACGGCACGCAGGUGGCCAUCGCCCAGUUCAGCGACGACGCUCGCACCGAGUUCAAGCUGAACUCGCACAGCGACAAGGAGCGCCUGCUGGACGCCAUCAACAGGAUCGCCUACAAGGGGGGGAACACCAAGACGGGUCGAGCCAUCCAGCACGUGAAGGAGAACAUCUUCACGGCGGAGGGGGGGGUCCGGAGGGGGAUCCCCAACGUGCUGGUGGUCCUCACCGACGGACGCUCCCAGGACGACGUCAACAAGGUGUCCAAGGAGAUGCAGAUGGAAGGCUACAUCGUGUUCGCCAUCGGCUUCGCCGACGCUGACUACGGCGAGCUGGUGAGCAUCGCCAGCAAGCCCAGCGACCGGCACGUCUUCUUCGUGGACGACCUGGACGCCUUCACGAAGAUCGAGGAGAAGCUGGUGACCUUUGUGUGCGAAGCCGCCACCGCCACGUGUCCGUCCGUACCGAUGGGCGGCAGCAGCAUGCCAGGUUUCCGCAUGAUGGAGCUGUUCGGGCUGGUGGAGAGUCGGUACAGCAGCGUCGACGGCGUUUCCAUGGUACCCGGCACCUUCAACACCUUCCCUUGCUUCCACCUGCACGCCGACGCCUUCCUGGCGACGCCCACCAGGUACAUCCACCCUGAAGGGCUGCCCUCGGACUACACCAUCAGCCUGCUGUUCAGGCUGCUGCCCGACACCCCCGAGGAGCCCUUCGCCCUCUGGGAGGUGCUGGACCAGAAGAACGAGCCGCUGGUGGGCGUCAUCCUGGACCACGGAGGGAAGACGCUGACGUUCUUCAACAACGACUUCAAAGGAGACUUCCAGACGGUGACCUUCGAAGGGCCCGACAUCAAGAAGCUCUUCUACGGCAGCUUCCACAAGCUUCACAUCGCCAUCAGCAAGACGAGCGCCAAGGUGUUGGUCGACUGCAACGCCGUGGAGGAGAAAAGCAUCAACGCGGCGGGAAACAUCAGCACGGACGGAGCGGAGGUCCUCGGGAGGAAGGUCCGGUCCCGAGGGAACAAGGACAGCUCGGCCCCGUUUCAGCUGCAGGCCUUUGACAUCGUGUGCAGCACGUCGUGGGCCAGCAGAGACAAGUGCUGCGAGCUCCCUGGUCUGAGGAAGGAGGAGGACUGCCCGGCUAUGCCCAAAGCCUGCACCUGCACCCAGGACAGCAAAGGCCCCCCCGGGCCGGCCGGACCCCCGGGAGGCUCAGGCAUCAGAGGAGCCCGAGGAGAUCGUGGAGAGCCAGGUCCAGUGGGGCCGACCGGGGCCGUGGGGGACACGGGUCCGCCAGGACCUCAGGGGCCACAGGGGCCGCAGGGCCACAGCGGGCGCUCCAUCAUCGGACCCCCGGGAGGUCCAGGAGAGCGAGGACAGAAAGGUGAAGCGGGACAACAAGGCGUGCAGGGACUGGCUGGAAGACCUGGAGCUCCAGGCAGAGAAGGACCCGCAGGACCCAGGGGCCUGCCGGGUAAUGACGGGCCCCCGGGCCGACCGGGCCCCUCAGGAACCAUCGGGACGCCAGGAGCCCCGGGGGCCCCAGGUAACACCGGCUCUUCAGGGAAACCAGGAGAUCUGGGACCUCCGGGUCUUCCUGGAAGCAAAGGCGAGAGAGGUGAACGGGGGGACCUCCAGUCGACCUCGUCCGUCCAGGACAUCGCCAGGCAGGUCUGUGAGCAGCUGAUCCAGAGUCACAUGACGCGCUACAACUCCAUCCUCAACCACGUGCCCAGUCCACCAGUUUCCAUCCGCACUGUGCCAGGACCCCCCGGGGAGCCCGGCAGGCAGGGGACCCCGGGGCCCCAGGGAGAACAGGGACCCUCGGGUAGACCGGGCUUCCCAGGACAGAACGGGCAGAACGGGCAGCCCGGAGAGAGAGGUCAAUCAGGAGAAAAGGGUGAGAAAGGAUCUCCAGGCGUUGGAGUCCAAGGCCCCCGAGGACCUCCAGGACCCCCCGGUGCCCAGGGGCAAGGCAGACCUGGCAGCCAGGGUCCGUCAGGGCGACCCGGGAACCCCGGCUCUCCUGGUCGGCCCGGUAACCCCGGACCCGUUGGCUCCGCCGGGCCUCCGGGCUACUGCGACCAGAACUCGUGUGUGGGCUACAACGUGGGAGUCCAACUGCCGCCCAACGUCUUCCAGAACUACGGCGAGGUUGAGGAGGAGGACCCCUACCGCUUCUACGAGCCCAACUACCCGGCCCCGCGCCCCGUGGACCCCGACGACCCGGAGUUCCAGCAGGACGGCGUCGACCUGAGCUCCCCUGGCGUGGCCCGCGGUGCCCGCAGCACGGAGGGGGGGCGCAAGAAAGGAGUCAGCCUGAAGGGGAGGGUAAAGGGAGGUGCGAUGACGCCGCCCGGACUAAUUUAACGAGAGGAGGGGGUCAGAGUCGCAGACUAAUCAACAAGUGCCUGAUGUAGAGGAUUUCUUAUGGACAUCGUAGGUGGGGGGGGGGGGCAGGUUAUCAGGUGGGGACUCUCAACUCAUCUCUGCUUUGAAUCAACUCCCGGACGACAGGUUUGUUUUUGUCGUCCCAAAGGGUUAGGCGUCGCAUGGUUUAAUGCCUGGGGACUGAUCGGAGGUCCGGUCCUCAGCGCUCGGACCCGGCUGCUUACGUCCUCCUGUUCAAACCCACAAACACAAAAGCUGCCACGAAUCAUUGACACACAGAGGAACGGGCGGCUUACAGCGAACUAACAACUAUAAAUAUACUAUAAUAACAACUUUAAAUUGUCUGGCUGCACAAACCACAUCGAUCCCAUCUGUAAAUGAUUUUUUAUGUACCUGUCAGCCGGUAAAGAAAUGACCGUAUCUUUAAACAACUUAACAUAAGGAUCUGCUUUUGUCCACCAAAUACUGAAGUUAAAAAGUCACCCACUUUUCAACAGGUGAAGCCUGUCUGUAAUAUUAAGAUUAUUUCCUCCCUCCGUAAACAAACCCACUCAGAAGUGGAUGCCGGUUCACGACCACACAGCGGGAAGGUGAAGCCGGUAACUACGACAACAGUUCUAAUCUAAACCUCAGUAAUUAUUCAUGAGUGUGUUUACACUCCUCGGGUUUGUUUCCAAGGCUCAUAAACUCUUCAACUGAGACGCUUCCCAAAAUGUUUAUUUAUGUCCCGUUCUGCUUCUCUUUGGGCUUUUUACCCACAGUCGUAGACGUCGUCACACACCAGGAUCGUGUGUUUGUUUAUUAUUGAUUUAUUUAGCUCAUAUUAAUGUUGAUUAUGACAAAUGAUAAAAAUGUUCUUAUACUUUAGUUCUUAUACUUUAGAGUAAAUGUAUUAAUGGUUCCUGGAUGCUUUUGUUGUGUUUUUUUCUAAUUCUUUUUCUGAAUAAUCUCCAUUCAUAACAUUUGUUUUACUGCUAAUCUUUGCCUCCAGGACCGGAUGAAUAAAACUUGAGUUGAACCAUU